UUAUCCUUAAGAGAGACAUAAACAUUAAGAACUACUACUUCUUCCAAAGAGUAUUGUUCUUUCUAUCUCCCUUCUCUUCCUUCUGCUUCCUUCUUAGUUGCUUGCUUAGUACUAAGAUAUUUCUUACAAAGAAAAAUUAGAUGGAGAACCAAGGAAGUGACAGCAGCUUGUUUCAAAGAUGCAAACCUUAUAUUGCCAUGAUAUCUCUACAAUUUGGAUAUGCAGGAAUGAAUAUCCUCACGAAGGUUUCUCUUAAUCGUGGAAUGAGUCAUUACGUUCUCGUUGUUUACCGUCACGCUUUUGCUACUGUUGUUAUUGCUCCUUUUGCAAUAUUUCUUGAAAGAAAAAUUCGACCCAAGAUGACAUUCUUAAUCUUCUUGCAAAUAUUUGCUAUGGCUCUGCUUGGACCGGUGAUUGAUCAGAACUUUUACUACAUGGGGUUAAAAUACACCUCCCCGACUUUCUCAUGUGCUAUGAGUAACAUGUUACCUGCAAUGACAUUCGUCAUGGCCUUCUUAUGCAGGAUGGAGAUAGUAGACAUAAAGAAAGUGAGAUGCCAAGCAAAAGUGAUCGGAACAAUAGUGACGGUAGCUGGAGCAAUGUUGAUGACAUUGUACAAAGGACCUAUCAUUGAGAUGAUAUGGUCGAAAAGCAUCCACACUAAUGCCUCUUAUACCACUAACACAUCUGGUUCUGAUGACAAGGAUUGGCUUAAAGGUUCAAUCCUUCUCAUAUUGGCUACCUUAGCUUGGGCUGCUCUCUUUAUCUUGCAGGCAAUAACAUUGAAGAAAUACCCAGCCCAUCUAACUCUUACAACUCUAAUUUGCUUCAUCGGUACACUACAAUCUAUUGCGGUUACUUUAGUAAUGGAACACACUCCUUCUGCCUGGUCCAUCGGUUGGGAUAUGAACCUUCUUUCUGCAGCUUAUGCGGGAAUUGUAUCUUCAAGUUUAGCUUAUUAUGUGCAAGGGCUAGUAAUGAGGAAAAGAGGACCAGUUUUCGUCACUGCUUUUAGUCCUCUUAUGAUGAUCAUAGUUGCCAUCAUGGGAUCUUUCAUUCUAGCUGAAAAGAUUUUUCUUGGAGGAAUUCUUGGCGCAGUUUUGAUUGUAGCAGGAUUAUACUCUGUUCUAUGGGGAAAGUACAAGGAAUUCAAGGAAAAAGAAAACGAACUACCAGAAGCCAUUAAAGAUGUCCGCGAAAACGGGACAAUGUUCGUUAUUGAAGACGUUGAAACGGGAAAAAGUGUUGUAGAAAUGCAAGAGGCAGAAGUUGAUACACUCUCGUCCGUCAAUGUUACCGUUCCAUUAUCGGACUCAGCCAUGAGAGACGAAGCCUCACGCAAGGCUUAAACUAAAGAAGAAGGCAGUAAUGAUGGUGUUUUAGUAUGGGGGGUAAUGAGAAUUUUUGCUACUUCCCAUCUCAGUUUUUUGUUUGGAGGGUUAUGUUUUAGGUUUUAAUAAUAACUUUUGUAUUCUGUUUAAUAAUAUCAUGUAAGAUUGAAAAACGAAUGAGAAUCUGAGGAGUAUCUCCUGUUUCUUUUGUUA